AUGCCGUUUGACGUCGUGACGGCCACAGUGGACGCUCCUCUCUCGGAAGAGCAAUCCGAGAGCGUGGAGCUCGCCGAGCUUCUCCUGGAAGCUGUAGAGAAAGUGGGAGACCGUCGUUUCGACGACGCCAGGGCACUGCUCAGGCAAUGCGACGGUCGGGCUUCCCCAACGGGAAACCCAAUCCAACGGCUAGUGUUCUACUACUCUCGAAGCCUGCAACACCGGGUCGACCGAGAAACUGGUCGAAUUGGGGCCGGGGACAUGUGGAAAGCGAAAGAGCAGUCGUCCAAUCUGUUCAGAGUUGCAAUGAACCCAAGCGUCAGGUUGGUUGAGUUUCAGAGGAGACUUCCUUUCUUCCAGGUAGCACAGUUUGCUGGGAUCCAGACGAUUGUGGAACACGUGGAGGGCGCUAGAAGGAUCCACAUCCUCGAUUUGGCGAUCAGGACAGGACAUCAAUGGACGAUCCUGAUGCAGGCACUGGCGACCCGGAGAAGAGACCGUGUGGAGCACCUGAAGAUAACCGCCGUGGCGACGAUGGAAAGGGAGUUGAUCGAGCAGACAGGGAGAAGGCUGGUGACUUUUGCGCAUAGCAUGAACUUGGUCUGCAGCUUUUACGUGAUCAUGGUCCGUGACCUGGCAGAGCUGAGGCAGGACCAGUUGCAGUUCGAUUCGGCCGAGACGGUGGCUGUUCUGGCGGAUGAUGUUGUAAGAACGCUGACAAGUCCCGCGGAGAGGCUGGACUCGGUGAUCAAAGUGAUCCGGAGGGUGCAGCCGUGCAUCAUGGUGGUGACGGAGAUGGAAGGGAGCAGGAACUCGCCGGUUUUUGUGAACUGGUUCGUGGAGUCGCUGUUCUUCGCCAGCGUGCUGUUCGAUUCCAUGGGGGAAUGUAUGGGGAGCGAGGAGGCGUGGAGGAAGUUUGGAGAGGAGACAUUGGGAGGGGUGAGCAAGAUGGUGAUGAUGGGGACGAUAAGUGAUACACUAGGGCAGGGGAGAGCCUGGAUGAUCAGGAGUAUGAAGGUGGAUAUAUGGAGGGCUUUCUUUCGGCGGUUUGGGAUGGUGGAAGCGCAGUUGAGUCAUUCGUCCAUGUACCAAGCAGAGCUCAUGGCUCAGAGCGUGCCGUGUUGGAGCCCUUGUUCGGUGUGGAUGGAUGGGAAGAGCUUGAUUGUUGGGUGGAAGGGUACGCCCGUCAAGUCUGUUACUGCUUGGAAGUUUAGUUGA